GACAUUUUACCCAUCCUUAGAUUGCACAUCUUGCUUACCUCGUGGCGAAAUUUUUUAUUUCCCUGAUUAAUUGUUGAUUUGCAUUGUAUAUCGAGAUGCCGGGUGUAGAAACAAUUAAAUCUUCUUGGGCCGAUGAGGUGGAGCUGGACUAUGGCGGCCUGCCGCCUACCACCGAAACUGUAGAGAAUGGUCACAAAUAUGUUACCGAAUACAAAUACAACAAGGAUGACAAAAAGACCAAGGUGGUGCGCACAUACAAAAUCUCCAAGCAGGUUGUGCCGAAAACAGUGGCCAAGCGACGCACUUGGACGAAAUUUGGUGAAUCGAAGAAUGACAAGCCCGGCCCAAAUUCCCAAACGACUAUGGUAUCUGAGGAGAUUAUUAUGCAGUUUCUCAACUCCAAGGAGGAUGAGAAGGCUAACGACCCGCUUUUGGAUCCCUCCAAGAAUAUUGCCAAAUGCCGUAUUUGUAAUGGAGAGCAUUGGUCGGUUAAUUGCCCAUACAAAGGCACAGCCAUGGACACUAAUCUCAUGGAAAAGAAGGCAGCUGCUGCAGCUUCUGCUGCUGUCGAUGCACCAAAAUCUGGAAAAUAUGUGCCACCCUUCCUGAAGGACAGCCAAAAGGGCGGCAUGGGUAUGCGCGGACGCGAUGAUACGGCCGCCAUUCGCAUCUCCAAUCUAUCGGAAUCGAUGACCGAAGCCGAUCUGGAGGAACUGGUAAAGAAAAUUGGCCCGCAGAGCAAAAUGUAUUUGGCCCGCGACAAGAAUACCGGCCUUUGCAAAGGAUUCGCCUAUGUGCAUUUCAAGCAGCGUAAAGACGCAGCGGCGGCGAUUGAAAUUCUUAAUGGUCAUGGUUAUGAUCAUUUAAUUCUUAGCGUGGAAUGGUCCAAGCCCCAGAACAAUUAGACCAGGACCUUAUGUGGUGGAUCACAUAAAAUAUUCUUAAGCGUAUAAGUUUGCUAACCAUAAUACCAAUAAUAAAUUCAAAAACUCGCUACCCGAAA